AUGGGAUCUCGAGAAGAUGAGGCCGAAGCUCGCGAGAAGGUUCGUUAACUCUACUUUUAUCAGUUAUCAUCUGUUGAUCAUCUUUGGACUUUGCAAACUGGAAAAUCUGUCAGACCUUCAUCUCUUUUUUUUUGCAUUUCUAACAAUUUUUUCAUCACCACUUUCAGUGUAGUUUUCAUUAAAAAAUACUCAAAAUCCGAUUGUUCGGAAAAAGAAAUCCGUUUCACCAAUAUAUGAUAUCCUUAAGAUUAAGCAAUUGAAAGCCAUCUGUUUGAGGGCAAAAACUAGCGGAGCGAUUCUAAAGACCGCUAAAGUGAGAUCGAAAACGCUUGCAGGGUUGAUCGAAGGCCAAGUCUUCGAUUACCUAUAAGUUAACGCCUGAAACAUCUUUCCGUUUCAAUACUUUCUUGAAUUUUGCCUAUUCUUCUUUCUAAAUCCCAGCUAUAAACUUUUUUCCUGAUUAUGAAAAAAGAAAAGCAAGCUGAUUCAUAACCGGCUUUCAAAAGUUCGCAAUGCUCAUGUCUUGCAAUAGAAUAGCAUAUAUAAAGUUUAUCUGGAGAAGUUACCUAUUUCAGCUGGAGCGCAGGUUGUCGGAGUUAGUUUUAAUAAAUAUUUUAGUUAAAAAAAAACCAAAAAACCUCAAAGUAUGAUAAAGAGCUAGUUGGAAUAUUACUUCUGUUCCUACCUCCAGGUUUUCAUGAAAAAAGUGCUUAUCCAACUGUUCCGCAGGUGCGCGAGCUGCUCUCUCGGCCGCCGUCGAGCCGCCCCGCAGACUUCGUGAAUCCUCUGGAGAAGAUCGAGCAGCUGUUGACUUGUCCAAUCUGUCUCGACCGCUACAAGUUGGUUUGCUCUUCGGGUGUCGGGCGGUCACAAGAACACCGUCACUUGACUGAUUUUUGUUUUGACCCCAACAAACUUUGUCUCUGAGUCAGCCGAUGGGGAUCAGCUGAGAAGUAUUGACUAUUUAAUAGGCUUGAAAAGCGUCCUCUCGAGUAGUAAGAGGCAAAACGAACGCUUGUAAAGAAACAAGAGAGAAGGCCGGCGCAGGCGAAUUACACUGGCGCACCGCCGACGGCUCAAGUGUGAUGUGUCGUUCCGUCUUCCCCAAUUUUUAUGCGAGUCCAACGAUUUUGAUUGCUGGAAUUGUUGAGAAUAGCCAGAGAGUGAUUUGAAGAAGCGAAGAUUCGAAAACUUGGAGGUCUAAGAAAAUAAUUUUCUUAAAAAAAGAGAACUCUCAAUUUAUUUCUAUGUCGAAAGUCUUAUUAGUAAUCUUCUUCAAAACUGCACCAGUAAGAAAAAUAAUGCUGUUAAAUUUUUUUCCCGUAUUGUAAAAAAAGGAAAAAGAAGGAAAAAAAUAUUUCAGGCAGCCAAAACUUCUGCCUUGUCAGCAUUCCUUCUGCUAUCCUUGCCUGGAAAGUUGCGCCGACAGCCUUCACAGGUAAGAUCUUUGAGUGGGCCGAGAACCUGGGACAUCAUUUUUGUAUCCAUCCAGUCACUUGAAUUCAUUUUCAGCACCUAGUAAUAUAAUUUUUUAAGGUUUGUGAGGAUUGAUUGAAGAAAAGUUGAGAAAUGAAUCUCAGAUAUAAGAUUUUUGUGAGAAUAAUUUUUUAUGAUAACAAUCGGUUUAGAGCGCAAAUCGACCAUCAACUCUUUAUUUAUUCGAUGAUUCUGUAGAAAAUCUUCUCUAAAAAUGAAUAAAUUUGGAAGUUUGUGAUUUGUGAACAGCAACACGGAUUAUGUAAUUUCUAUGUUAACCAAACCUAAUUUCUAAAUUGACUUGUUUUUUUCAACUCGAAUAACUAUUAUACAAUAAAUUAAAAAUAAUUUUACAACAGGAAGAAAGGAAAUGCUUAUAGAUAAUAUUUUCUUUUGAGUUGAACGGUAUCUCGCAGAAAAAAAAGUUUUCAGUAUAAGAAAAACUAGAAAGAAAUAGGGAUUUUGUUUUAAAACGUUAAAAUUUUAAAAUCAAGUUCAACACUUCAUGUAAUUCAAAAAUUCUUUUGCAAGUUAGUUUUGUUUCAGAUCUUUGAAAUGCCCCGAAUGUCGUGCUGAGCAUAAUAUACCGUAUGAUGGGGUCAAAGCCUUCCAGGUUCCUGUUUUUCGUUCCUAUUCGCUAACUUCCGAUUUAGCCAAACUAUACUUUGACGGGUUUCCUCGAAAUUCAUUUGCAAGCGACUCCAGAGUCAGCGGCAGAAAUCGAGGAGUAUAUUCACAGGUUACUAUUUGAAUUUUAUUCUGAAUAUGAAGUUUUUGAUGAGUCCAAAUGAAAAAAAUUCCAGGUAUAAUUUGGAAAGAUGCAAAGUUUGCGACGAAAAGGCAGACUGCGAACCAUGUGCUCAUUGUGAUCGGAAAGCUUGCAAGGUUGGAAUUUCAUUACUUUUUUUCUAAACGAUUUUAUUCCAAUCUCAUUUUGUUUUCAAAGGUUUUUUGUGUUUUUCAGGCUAUUUUCAGUCCCAUCAUACAUGUCGAGAAAGUCAAAAAAAAAAAUGCAUAGUAACUUUAUCGUUAAAUUUCAAACUCAUUGAUCUUCAACGUCCUUAUUUGAAAAUCUGAUAGUCGUUUUAAAAAAAACCUUUCGAUCAGCUCUUUUUUUGUGAAAGAUUAAUUCAAACAUUAAUUUUUCAUGAUUUGAGAAGCAGAAACUUUUCAGAGAAUCAUUAUGUUUAACUUCCAAUCUGUAUCAUUGGAGCUGAAUUUUCAUCGACGAACUCAUUAGCCAACCCGAUAACCGUGCUCAGGAAUGUCGACAGACACAUAUGGACAUGCUGAAAAGGGACAUGUCCCGUCUCCUCAAUCAGGUCAAACGACUCUCCAACCGCAUAAUCGAGGCUUCCGACAACCUCUCCAAGGGUAUCGAGCUCAUGUCUCUGAACUGCGAGACGACCAAAGACGAGGUCCGAGAAUACUUCCAUCGGUUCGUUCAUUCAUUUUGGUUAUUUCAAUAUGUAGCCUAGUUAAAAGAAUUAUCAAAAAUUGUUGUAUUUUUUUUUUUCGAAUAAGUCUGCGCGUGAUAAUAAAUAGCUAAAAUCUUGCAUAAUGCAUAAUAAAUUCCUACUUUGUAUAGCAUUUAAAAAAUGAAAAAAUGCUGAGGAUAGUACAUUGAAGCUUACUCGAUAUUACAUGAUACUUUAUUUUGCCACUCUAUUGUGUUCUAAAUGUUUUUAGAUACCAACGCGACCUGAAGAAACGAGAAGAAAACUUCAUUUACGAGAUCGAAACGUUCCAUGCGACGGAAAGCCGCCUGAUGAGCAAUUUGCGGGACGUUCUGGAGAUCGAGAGCUCGAACAUGAGUGAAGCCGUGGCCCGUCUAGACGCAGCCAUCAAGGUCAGAUCUGUCUUCAGAAUCGACUAACCGAGGGGCCAUUUUAGGGAGAGUGCGCGAUUGAAGACGCAGAUCUAGUGCGUCUGAAGAACACUUUCACAGAGGGCCUGGAUUACCUCAGAAACUUCCAGGUACACAUUUCACCUCCUUCUUCAAUUUAUCUAUGUGGUUUCAGCCGGACGCCGACGAACUUUUCAAUCGGAAACUGCGAUUUUCAGCUGGCGACGACGCUUCCAAGCUGCCUGCCGCCAUCACUACCUGUGGAGAGCUUUGCGUUUUGGUUCCACAGUUUUCUGGAAGGUUCUCUUGGAACAAACUCUCUCAGUAUCCAACCUUAUGUAGGUAUUUGCCGUUGGAGCAAUCUUACUUGCCGAGGCCUUUCCGACUGCCUUUGGAAAGUGACACUUAUCGCGUUCGAGGAGAAGACAAAUCGGCGAGUCAUCGAGAAAACGACCGGACGUCACGGAUGAGGUUUAAUGGAACUAGGCUGAUCAUCAUCUGAUUUUUCUUGUUUUUAGAAUAUUUAAAUUAGUACAGACAAUGAUUUAGUUUUCUUCAGUCAGAGCUAAAAAUUCGAACAAUGUAACAUUGAAGAACUAGUCUAAAAAUUGCUGCGAAGUAAAAGAAACUGAUCUGAAGGAUGGCUGCAUGUAAUUUUUUUCUGAUAAAUGAAUGUAAAAAAGAGUAAAAAACUCUUUUCACCUAUUAUAUUCCAGUUUGCGCAACGAAGUCGACGAAGGAUCUUUGCGAUACAAAAGACGUCAGCAACUCGAAGAAGAAGCUUGGAACAGACUUCGAGGCGCUGGUACCGGAGCCGACACGGAGCGGCCGCAAGUCAGGUCGCCCUGGCUGACAAAAAUCGACACUUCGACUCCAACAUUGACGACGCCGCAGGAUUCUCUUCACAAGACUGUUGAGCAUUCGAAAACGACGUCUUCUGUGGCUCGAAAAGACGUGAACAACGCCCUGGCUCCGCCAGCUUCUUCAUCUCUCACUUCAACACCGAGGACUUCUCCGCUCCCCAAGCAUGCGGUCGUGGCUUCGAUUCCGUCUCCAAAGACUCCAGAACCGGCGAGUUCCGAAGAGAGUCUUCCUGAUAUACGCCCGAUGACGAGGAAGCCUCCACUCCCACGUCAAGCCUCCAGUAACGACGAUUCUUUGAACGAAAAAGUGGAAGUGAUCCGAAGAGCCCAUGCUCAGAGAACAGCUGCCUCUCGCGCCGUCUCCAGCGAGGAGUCCGACGGCGACGAGCCAACCAUCGUAGCUCCCCCUAGAGGGCGCAUCAGGAUCGUCUGUCGUGCUGCUUCUGUAAACCGAGAUGAUGGUCUCACCGAGCACACACCUAUCCAGGUGACGCACUUCACAGGUGAGGAUGAGGUUGAAAUUCCGGCGUGGCUGCAGCGCCGCCGUCAGCGAUUCCAAAGGUCGCGAACUAACCCCGACAUCCAGUCGCAGUUCACCUCGCAGCGCGUCCAACAGCUGCUCGCCGAACGUCAACAACGCAAUUCUCGUUUAGACAGUUCGACGAGUGCCGACGAGGAGAAGCGAGUUCGUGGACGGUCGGCUUCCCGUGAAGCCGGAGAGUGGAGAGCGCGCGGACGACCUCGAACAGUUUUUGGUCGCAAAGGAGCCAAGGAAGGAGAGCUGAACUGGCCACGAGGCGUCUGUGCCGUCGCUGGAGGCCUCAUCGCUGUAUGCGACUCCUCAAAUCAUCGAAUCGUCGUGUUUGACAAGGACGGAAAGUACGUUCGACAGUUUGGCGGAUACGGUUGCGCCUCUGGCCAGUUGGACUCGACUGCUGGAAUCGCCAGUUCCAAGCAGAGAAUAGUUGUUUCCGACCGCUACAACCACAGAAUCUGCAUAUUUUCCAACGAGGGAGAGUUUGUAAGCACCUUUGGCGGACACGGACAAGCCAAUGGAAAGUUCAAUAAUCCUUGGGGCGUCGCAGUCGACGAGCUAGGUUCUAUCUACGUUGCGGACAAGGUGAACUUCGGGACAAGGACUUUUUCUAUAUAUUUUAUUAAGGACAAUCAUCGCGUGCAAGUCUUUGAUAAAAAUGGACAGUUCAUCGCUAAAUUCGGUACUUUCGGCCAUCUUCCAGGUCAGCUGAACAGUCCGCUGUUUGUUGCUGUCAGUAAGACGAAUCAUCAGGUGAAAAAAGUUGUCCAUUGAUGAUUUAAGUUUUUUAUCUUCAGGUUUACGUCUCUGACUCGUCCAACCACCGCAUCUGUGUCUUCGACCCACAGGGCAUCCAUCUUUUCUCUUUCGGAGAGGAAGGUUUUCACGGCGGACAGUUCAAGUUUCCAAGAGGCAUCGCAAUAGAUUCCCAGGUUAGUUCAGUUGGCCGGAAAUUGCUGAUUGUGGGAAUUAUUCUGCAGGAGAAUGUUUUGAUAGCCGACUCCGGCAACAACCGGAUCCAGGUUUUUGAUACAAAUGGACAGUUCGUCUCGUCGUUCGGAACCUGGGGAAGCGGCGCAGGACAGCUGAAAGGCGUCGAGGACCUUUGCGUGGCGGCUGACGGCGCCAUCGUCGCCACCGACCGCGAAAAUCAUCGUAUCCAAAUCUUCUAA